AUGGCUAACCUCGCUAGCAUACGAAACGAAAUCUUCAAAGACAACGACCCCAAACGAAUCGUCAUCAAGCUGCACACCAAGACCCUUGACCCUCAAGACUAUCGCGCGUCGGCCAGCAAGGCUAUCGGCGAGGUAUUCGCCGACUGGGAGAUAGACUCUCGUAUUCUGGCCCUGGUCAUCGAUGUCUGGAAGGAGCGAACAUUCAUCGUCAUCGACGUCAACCGCCAGGACUAUGACUUUUUCACCGCACACAAAAUCAAGGCUAUUCUCCCGGUUUACGUGGUUCGAGAUCGUGGCAAGUCGCGUGGCUGGGCCCUUAUCAGAUGGCCGGUGGAGGAUGAGCCUCUUGCGCUGAAACUGAUGGAUGCUCACGACGGCAACGGUUACAACGCCACAGUACCUUUUCUGCAGGAUCAUACCUCACUUGCUGUUUAUGCCAGCCCUCGUCGGUUGUUUGAUUCCGACGGGAAUCUGAGUGCCUCGUUGGCCUAG